UUUGUCUUUACAGGAUUAUGUUGGUGAAACUCCUAUUCAUAAAGCAGCACGGUCUGGUAGUAUGGAUUCCAUAAGUGCCCUUGUGGCUCAUGGUGCGCAAAUAGACUUGAGAAAUGCCAGUGGCCUGACAGCAGCAGACCUUGCACAUACCCAGGGCUUCCAAGAAUGUGCCCAGUUUCUCUUGAACCUACAGAAUUGUCAUCUGAAUCGUUUCUAUAGCAAUGGCACCUUAAAUGGGGUUCAUCAGAGUGCAGGUCCCAAUCCAUUCAGUGGUGGGACAAGUCGAAAGAGAUCCUUUGAAGAUAUGGAGUCUGCUGGAGUAAAGAAGGCUAGAACAGAAGCUUACAGCUUUGAUGGCUUAAUACCAAUGAUGAACGGAGGAGUUGAGGACGAUGCUGACAAUAUGCACGUUGAUAGAGAGUUUGCUGUUGUAUCAGAUAUGAAUAGCAGUAGCUCCAUAUUGAAUGCACUGACAAAUGGAUGUGCCAUCAAUGGACAUUUGGAUUUCAGCGCCGCGCAGCAGCUCAGUGGGAUGGAUGCCAGGCGUGAGGAGUGCUUAACGUUAACACCUAACGAAGUAAUUCCUGGAAUAACUUCUCCCAGUAGGCAUCGAAUUCAUACCAGUAACGGCACCGAGGAACCAGAAAAAGCCAUGAGUAAUUCCACCGAUAUGUGUGGAUCUCUACAUCUGAACGGGAGCCCGAGUAGCUGCGUUUCGAACCGGCCCUCGUGGGUGGAAGACCCUGGAGACACCUUGCACUAUGGACACUAUCAUGGUUUUGGGGAUACUGCCGAAAGCAUCCCCGAACUUAGUAGUGUGGUGGAGCAUUCCAAUUCUGUCAAGGUUGAACAGAGAUAUGACAAUACUGUCCUAGGCACGAUGUAUUUGUAUCACGGUUCCUAGAUGAAUGACCUUUCUAUCAGACGCAUACUGAAAUUGCUACCAAAUGAAACUGGGGGGACAAACCCCUCACAUAGCAUUAAAUUUGAAGAUUGCAACUUCCUGCUAUUUUUACACUUUGUUUAUAUGAGAAGUAAACCUUUAAUUUGACAGCCUUAUACGAUUAAUUGUAGUUUGUUGCAUGUAUGGGGCUUACUUAUUUAGUGAUAAAAUAGGUGCUGUUAUGAUGGAAUGUUUGUUCUUUUCAUUUUUUUAUUAUGGAAUGUUCUGGUUUUGUAUUUUUUUUUAUUUCUAAGCUUGUGAACACUAUCUUUCCCUUUUUAGAGCUGUUUUCCCUUUUCUUAAACCUGUUUAACCGAAUUUUGUGAAGAAAAUGUUACGUAUGUGCAUCACUUAGAAGUAAAGAUUUUUCUUCCCAUGUCGUCUGCUGAAGCUAUGGUAGCAAUAUCAAUGCCAGCUAUCACUAUGCAAGGUUGAAAGGUGGCAGUCUUCUGGAGCUUCUCUGACUUUAUCGUUUGUACAUUUCUUUGGUAUAAUUAGACGUUCAUCUUUCAAUUUUUCAAACAACUUGUUUGAAAACGCAGAGGCAAACUCGGAAGAAGUUACCGUUUCUGUAGAGUAGAAGUGCUUUUCGUUGUUGUCGGGCUCUUUGCGUUGUAGGGUGGGGAAGUGGGCUGCCUUUGUUCGGUCGCAGUUGGGUGUGCCUCAGGUUAGCUCGGAGUUUGUGGCGGUUUUCUUUGGCUUCUCUCCUUUAUAUGUACGCUUGAUAUUUUACCAUAGCUCACAGACCGGAGGCAUGUUGGCGCUGUUCUGCUUUGUACGCGGUUUAAAAUUGCUGUUACUUGUUAUAGAAUUUGCCGAGUCAAAAUAUUUGAGUUUGACUUGUCUUGGAUAUACAUUUAUUGUCCGGUUUUGGUUUUUUUUUUUAACAUUAUGCUUUGAAAAUGUAAUGUUGUGUACUCUUUGGGCUAUGCUCAUGGAAAAUACAUUGUAUUUAAAGCUUAAUACACAAAUCAAAAUUCAUAUAAGUGCACUAUAUGAGCACUAAUAAUAUAAGUUGCUGCUUUGUGUUAUGAUAAGUGAAGAGUGGGGAAGAAUAUGGUAAAUGGGAUAAGCCUUCUGAAUUGUGUUGAUUUUUUCGUUCCUGUUUUGUUUAAAAAGGGACCUUUACAAAUUGGAUUUUAAAAAAAAAUAAACAUAUUACAUUGUACCUG